AUGGGUACGAUUGUCAAAGAAGAGGGAGCGGGAAGUGAGGCAACAGCUCCGACUGUCUUUCCGCUUGAUUCUCUUGGAAAUAUAGAGACUCGCGAUACGAAAGAGGGACCGACGCUAAUCCAAUCCGUCAUUCGACACCAACUUGGAGCUCUUCAACUGCUCAUAGAGCACGGUGCUGAGAUCGAUGCUCGAGAUGAAGCUGGAAACACUCCGCUGCUGUUAUCCAUGUCGCUAGGGUUUAACGAUUUGGUGGACCUGCUACUAGGCAACAAUGCAAAUGCUGACGCGACGAAUAGCGAAGGGGCUACACCACUCAUCAAUGCCGCUAGACGUGGAAACAAUGAUGUUGUGCACAAGCUUCUGGACAGACAAGUGAAUUCUGACGCACAAAACGCUACAGAACAAUCGCUGCUGUAA